AUGUCGCUCGUUGAGAACCAUAGCGAUCGGCCGGGUGCGAGCGAGGAUAGCCUACAAAGUCAAUUGCAGGCAUCUGACAUGUCUCAACUGGGCGAUGACACAUUUGACACGCCAUAUCGUUUCCCUACUGCAUCCCAGGCCCUAAGCGCGACUAAAGCGUUAGCUUCAGAGAAUCAGGCCAGAAACGGGCAGUCAUCCAUGGCUGAUCCUAGUUUCUCAGCUCAUGCGAUAGUCCCCAAUUCUGACGUCGACCCGUAUACGCUCGAGUCGCAAACGGCAUUUGGAGCCGUGUCAAAGCUAUUACCACCGUCGGCUACAGUCCGCCCGCGUGAACGGUCCUCUUCUGUGCGUCUUGUGUACCCGGAAGCACGCGAUGGGGCGCACGAUGGCGGUAGCGCUAGAGUACCAACGCUGUCAAACGAGGCCAACAACACUAUCUCAGCUGGACACACAUUUUAUGGUGCAGGUAAGAACAACCAUUCACUCACAGAGCAUGACCACGCGACUGAGGCUAGUCACAAUGCGAGCUUCUGUAGUACCAUGUCCACUUCCUACUCGGGAACAGUAGUUGGUGUCGAUGUCGACCUUCAGCACGACUUCCCUCAUCCAGUGCGUCCCUCGCGUUCGCCCACACCUAUCGCGCCAGUAUGGUUCACUCCGCAGAUGGCCGAGCUAGAACGGCAAGCUUCACUCUCUGAGUCACCUCCGGAGCCGGAUCAAGUUGCUGAGGCAGAACCUACGCGUCGCUCAAUCACCUCAUCCGCAUUGACGUCUUUACUACCAAUAGCUGCAGCAUCGGGCAUCGUUCGCCCCAACUACGACACACCGAAGAUUUCAUUCUUCUCGCCGUCCGGCAAUCUUAUCCAGCCAGAGGGUAGUUCGACGCCAGGCACUACGAGCGCUUCGGACUUCAGCGGCUCACCCACUGCAACCACAUCGUACUACGAUAACAAAACCACACCUGCAACCUAUCGUGCGUUCCCGACAACGACAUGCCUGCCACCCCCAAGGCCCUCUUUGAGGCCAAUGACCACACCACCCACAUCCUCGGUUCCGCUCCCUAUGCACCUACGUUUCCAUCACAACUACAAACGCCCUGAGCAGUCGCAGAUCGACUCUACGGUUGCCUCCAUAGACUCGUUCAUCUUGCCUGCACCGUUAGUUCAAGGCUGUGACGGCAUAGCGCAAACCGAACGUCUUGCGCCUUGCUCCAGACCGCGUCAUUCGUACGAGAAGCUGAAUGUACGCCCGCGCUACAAACCUCGCAGAUCAGCUCGAUCAUUCGCCGAGGACCUCAAAUAUGAGGCGAGGUUCCACAGAGCCCGAUUGAUCACGGCCAUCAUCGCAAGUUGCACCUCGUCUGGAAAAGGAAGGGUCCUUCGCAAGCGAAAGGCUGCGAACCGUAGAGCCGCAGCAACCGCAUACGUUAGCAUGCCCCGAAGCUGCGCAGGUGAGGCUACAGCCAGACCUAGAAAGAAACGAGUACACCCCCGUCAACCCACAGCUCGGCGCGAAGUAGGGGUCCUCGGACCGCUUGCCGGGCACAUACUGCGGAUUUGCUUCUGCCAGCCAUACGACGGUGCAGGCAAGACGACAGCCAGCGGCGCUACCAACAAGACGUGCAUUGGCAAGAGCAGCAACCGCACAGCAAACACGCAGAACGUAUCGAAGAAGGAAAGCCCUCGCUCCAACGCAAACGACGUCGACGUGGAUGCAGCCUUACCCAACGCGCGGGUCGUGACCGGAACCGAACGGAAGGUCAGCAAUACCGUACGCCAGCGCACCACGGUCCGCAAGGAGAAGAGGCACUCGUCCACCGGCUCGAAUCACCACUCCAGAACGCGCAGUGACAGUGCCGUCAGCGUGGGUGUGGCAUCCAGCACCGCUACCGCGCGUGGCUAA